AUGGCCGGCUACUCGAUCAAGCUCUCCAAAGAACUCAAAGAGUCGCUGGCGUCCGAGUUCGACAGCAACUGGGACUCCGAUCGCGACGACCCCGUUGACGUCGAUGUCGAGCCCCCGCCCCCGCACCCCGCCCAGCAGAACACAGCCACCCCGCGCGAAGGCGGCAGCCACGGUUCGGUGUCGAGCGAGUCGUCUGACGGCAAGGAGUUGGAGGAGCAGGAGAAGGACGUCGAUGGGAAGGGGCGGUCGAAGUCGAUUGGGAGCAGGUUGAAGAGGAUUUUGAGUACCGAUGCGAAACUGCCGAAGCUUAGCGAAAGUAAGGAUGAGGAUAGGUGA